UUUUUUUCAUUAUUAUUAUUAUUAUUACUAUUCUCAAUGUCCAAUAACAAAGUUGAUAUUUUUGUAAGUGGCGCAGGUCCUACUGGUUUGUUCUUUACCUAUUUGAUGGCUCAACGUGGUCAUACCGUCUAUUGUGUGGAUCCAAAGUCAGGUCCCACAGAUCAAAGCCGUGCUCUUUUAACUACUUCUCGUACUUUGGAGAUCCUUGAAAGUCAAGGUUUGGCUUCCGGUUUUCUUUCAGAGGCCUAUGCCUUUAGUGGUACACGCAUGUUUCGACACGGUGCACCUAUUGCCCAAAUGGAAGCCUGCGGUGAAUCUCCUUUUUCUCAAGUUACACUGAUGAUACAAAGCAAGACAGAAGAAUUCUUAGCUAACCGGAUCAAAGAAGACACUGAAUGUGAUGUCCAUUGGAAUACUGAGCUUGUGUCUUAUGUCCAAGAAGAGGACAAGGUAGUGGCUACUGUGCGUGAUAUUUACACUAAACAAGAGCACAUGAUUGAGGCAAAGUAUAUUGUGGGCGCAGAUGGCAGUCACUCAAGAGUUCGAAAAGGAGAUCCAGAUUGGACUUAUGAAGGUACAACAAUUCAAACAAAAUUUGCGUUGGCAGAUUUGGUCUUAAAAGGAGAUCAAAUUCAUGAAGUAAACAAUAAGUUCAAUUUGUUUACUAAUGAUUACAGUAUGUUUGGUAUGGGACGUAUCAAUCACCCUUCGGAUACAGAUGAAAAUCCUAUCUUUCGGGUAUUUGGUAACCUUGAAGCUUAUGAGCGCCAAGAAGGUAUUUCAGAGGUUACUCAUGGCUUGCGUGACAAGAAAGAACAAGAAACUCCUUCUCUGGAAUUUGUUCAGUCUUGGAUGGACAAGAUGACUGCUCCGAUGAAGUUUGAAGCGAGUAAGUUGGUUUGGUCUUCUUAUUUUAAGAUCAAUGAGAGAAUGGCAAACGGACUUCGAAGAAGAAGAGCAUUUUUGGUUGGAGAUGCUGCACACUGUCAUUCUCCAGCAGGUGGACAGGGUAUGAAUAUGGGUAUACAAGAUGCAUUCAAUCUUGCUUGGAAAAUGUCAGAUGUCUUAAAAGGAGUUGCAGCAGACCCAGAGAAGCUUUUGAAUUCUUAUAAUGAUGAGAGAGAACCUAUCAUUAAAGCUACCAUCAAAAAGACUGGCGAUGCUACACAAACUGGUACGUCUGGAGGUUAUUUGUCCCAAGUUCUUCGUGCUUCUUUUAUGACAGUCGUCUUGAUGGUUCCUCAAGUAAGACAUUAUGCUUUUAAGAACUUGAUGCAGUUAAAUUUGACCAUUGAUCCCAAGACAAGUGACAUUAUGGAUACUUCGGACAAAGGCCUAACAAGUGUUGGUGAAUUUGUACCUGACUGUGGUCGUUUAAGAAAGAGUAUUAUACCACGCCAUCAAAAGCCAGGGCUGAUUCAAAGAUAUACGCUUCGAGACUUGGUUACUUUUGUACAGACAUAUUCUGUGAUCUUUAUUGGUACUUGUCUUCCUAACCAAACGCCCAACAUGGAUCUAAUGGAAAAGUUCUGGAAAAAAACUCGCAAAUAUCCUGUCAAACGUCUGGUGAUCCAAUCAGUAUGGCAUGUGCUUCGAGCAGGUCAGUUUCCUUCUUUUGUGGACAUGGAAGAAGAACAGGAAGAGGCAAAAAACUCGUUUUUCAGUGAGGAAAGAAUGGAUUCGUCUAUUUCAGUAACCAAUGUUAUUGGUCUGUAUCCUUUGAUCUCGUCUUAUUUUGCUACACCAAACCCUCCUAGUGUUCUUCUUGUAGUACGCCCAGAUAUGUAUAUUGCUCAAUCCAAAUUCUUGAAUAACGAAAGCGACCUUGAUAACGCUUUAAAAUUCCUUUCUACUACAUUUACUCGGUCACAAUAAAUAAAUGUAUCAGCUAUUGCUUUUUAUUU